AAAGUGGCAACACUGAUUCGCAGUGUGUUGUUUGGCAAAGCCAAAACAAACUGUUUUCGUAGCUAAGCUAAAUUAAUAUUUCAAAUAUAAAGUUGCAAAUUCCAUUUUGUGCCUAAUUAGGCCUAAUAUUUGCAGGAUGAGCACUACCAGCACAUCUGUGACGACUCCGAACAAACAAGUUAAAACCGACAGUUGGAUGGACGAUGUUCUGCGCCCGAACAACAGUUCAAGCAAGAAUGGUAAAAACUACUCCAACUUAUUGGAAAUGGAAAGAUUUGGAAAUACGAACUAUUCAUUGGAAGAUUCCAGCACUGUUGAUUACAUCGUAGACGACAUUCCAAUGCUACCGGACGCUGAUGAACUGCAAGAAAGUCUGCUCUAUAAGGAAUCACCCAACUUACCGUCAGUUACAACGUACAAACAGCUUGGUUCAGAUAUAUUUCCCAACAGCAAGUCUUCAUUGGGAAAUUUGGAUGAAAUUGAUAUUUCUAUUCUAACCGAGUGUCUUGAAAACGAAGAGUACAUUGAAGAGCCUGACGAACCUUGGAUCUGGGAUCAGCUAUUUGCUAAGUUGUCGGUGAAAAUUAACACCGAAGCAAAAACUACGCCAGUUGAAUAUAAAAACUAAACAGUUUUAUGUCGAAUUCAAAA